AUGGCUUCGCCGUUCUACAACAGAUAUAUCCCACCGCCGCCAAAAGCUUCUCAUCAUAGCGAGCCAUCACGUCCCGCAAAAAAGCGGAAAAAGAGCAAGUCUGCUCCCACUAUAAUUUCCCAGCAAGCAAAGCCUCGGGAAGAGUCCCAGGAAUCUGUCGCCUCGAAUGAUCACGGUGAUGAGGAAGCGCAUCUCGGAUCUGCCGAUACUGAGGGCGUUCAUCAUCAGAUCGCCAUACGUGAUAGGCACAAGACCGUGUUGGACAAGUACGGUAAGGCCGCCAAAAGAUCUGCUGAAUUGACGGAUGAGAAGACCGUCGCAGCGGAAGAUGAUGAAGGCGAGAGGCAGAAGGAUGUAAUGGACGUUGAGUUACACGGCUUGGAGCCAUUACCGCAACCUGCACCCGUGAAGGAAGAUCAUCAAGUAUCUGCAUUCUCUGCUCUUCCCGAAUGGCUUCAAACCCCAGUAUUGGCUUCUUCUGCGAAUACUGUACCUUUCAAAACCCUCGCACUCCAUGGCGAUAUGCUUGCUUCACUGGAAAGAAGGGGUCACUUAGCCACCUUCGCAAUCCAGUCUGCCGUUCUUCCGAUGCUUCUUCCUGGACCACAGCAGCAUACUGGGGACGUUUGCGUUUCCGCCGCUACUGGGUCCGGGAAGACGCUCGCUUAUGUCCUACCAAUAGUACAGGACCUACGUGACAAGCCAGUCACCAGAUUGAGAGGUCUGAUUGUUGUUCCUACUAGGGAGCUUGUCAACCAAGUUAGAGAGUCUCUAGAUCUCUGCAGUGCUGGCAGCGGGCUCAAGAUUGCGACAGCAGUUGGGAGCAAGUCGCUGAAGGAAGAGCAGACAGUGCUCGUUGAAAAAGGUCAGAGGUACGACCCUGAAGCUUACAAAGCGGAGCAAGAGAAAGAGGUUGAUGAGGCUGAGGAGCUAAUGGACUGGGACUUGGACAAGAGGUUUGGGUCAAAGGAUGACCUGGAACUGUUCUAUAACCACGUUGUCGAAUAUAACUCAAAGGUUGAUAUACUCAUCUGCACACCUGGUCGGCUAGUUGAACAUAUCCAUUCCACGACUGGCUUUACUCUGGAGCACGUACGGUGGCUUGUCAUUGAUGAGGCCGAUCGACUACUUAAUGAAAGCUUCCAACAAUGGGUCGAUGUUGUGCUGCCUGGUCUGGAGUACUUGCCGCCGCCGGAUGCCUUCCAUCAGCCACGAUCAAACAUCUUUCAUAUAUUUCGACGAAGGGAGGUUCGCAAGAUUAUUCUGAGCGCAACGAUGACAAGGGAUAUCAGCAAGUUGACGACACUUAAGCUCAGGCGACCUAAGUUGGUUGUUCUUGAAGGUCAAACCCAAAGAAUGGCAAUAGACGACGGGGACGCAGCCAUUGGAGGUGAAAGAGGAAGGGUAGAUAUCCCGGAAAGUCUACAAGAGUACGGCGUUCCAAUAUCGGAACAUAAUAUCCAGGAUAAACCGCUGUAUCUGAUCGAGCUCCUCGAAUCGGGCUCUGACCCGCUCAUUGGCAAGAAUCGCCGGUAUUCACCCGUCCCUUCGAAAAGCGCUGAAGAGAAUGAGGGCAAGUCUUCUACGGACAGCGAGGAUCUUUCCCAAGGAUCUGAUUCAUCAUCAAAGUCUAACGAUCUCUCGAGUCAACUACUUGGGGCCGAUAAACCCUUGAACCAUGGCACUUUAGUUUUCACUGAAAGCAACGAACAGGCCAUUCGACUGGCUCGACUCCUUGCACUUCUCCGUCCAUCAUGGCAGAUCGGUACCCUCACCAAGUCCACAGCUGGGGCAUCCGGCCGCAAAACGCUGGCCGCUUUCCGGAAGCGAAAGCUCUCAGUACUGAUAGCAUCUGAUCGGGCGUCGCGAGGUCUUGACAUACCAGACCUUGCGCAGGUCAUCAAUUACGAUAUGCCGAAGAGUGCAACGAGCUACGUGCAUCGUGUUGGGCGCACUGCGAGGGCCGGAAAAGCGGGCCAAGCCACAACCCUAGUGUUGCAUAACCAAGGAAAAUGGUUCUGGAAGGACAAGUCCGGCAUUGCAAAGUCAGAAAUGCUGGUCAGAGGCCCAGACAAGCGAGUGAUCCGGCGGAAUUUGGCCAUCGAUGUGAACGAGGAGGCGAGGGAGGAGUACGAGAACGCCUUGCAAAUGCUCGGGGAAGAAGCCAAAGGAUAA